CUUUUUCGUCAGUGUUCAUUCAAACCUCACAUGCGUGUCUCAAAACGCGAUGCUAAAAAUCCCAAAAAUAAUUAAAAAGGAAAAUAAAAGCCAUCAUCUUGGAGAUAAAAUUUGUGGGCGAUUGCCUGAAUUCUUCCCGGCAUUCUACGGAUCUUGAAAUAGCUGGAUUUUUUAUUGGGAAAUCUAAAAACCAAAGAAAAAACAAAAUUUUAUGUAUGAAAAUAAAAACCUUCGGGAAAUAAGACGCUAAUUAUUUUGGAUUUGUGGCUCAAAGAUUGAUUCUUUUCAGUUGGACAUUCUUGGAUCUUCAUCUCAGAUUUGAAUACUUCUUUGAGAUUAUGAGCCUGUGGGAGAUUUGAUUGGCCAUUGAGAUGGAAAAGAGGAAAUGGUUAUGGAAGAAGAGAUCUUCUGAGAAGAGCCCGGGUGAAAGUGAAAGCUCGGGUUCAAUAUCUUCACAUUCAGAGAGAUACUCUGAUGAGCAGCAGCAGGAUGCAUUGAAGGAUUCUCCAAAUCAUAACACACAAUCACCGGAAGUCACGUCGAAAGCUGCGAUUGUUGAAAACGAAGUCGAGAAAAAUGUGAGAAAUCUGACUGAGAAAUUAUCAGCUGCACUCGUCAAUGUUGGCGCCAAAGAAGACUUGGUUAAGCAGCAUGCCAAAGUUGCUGAAGAAGCUGUGGCUGGCUGGGAAAGGGCAGAGAAUGAAGUUGUUGCAUUGAAGCAGCAGCUGGAGGCCGCAAUUCAGCAGAAUCUGAACCUGGAAGUUCGAUCCAGUCAUCUAGAUGGUGCCCUCAAGGAAUGUGUAAGACAACUGAGACAAGCAAGGGAGACUACGGUGGAGAAAACCAGCGAGUGGGAAUCUGCAAAAUCUGAGCUCGAGAACCAAAUUAUUGAGCUCCGGACCCAAGCAGAACCUUCCAAAACUGAUCAUUCUGCUUGUAUUGAUGCUAAUAUUCUCCUUAGGCUUAAGGGUAUGGAGAAAGAGAACUCAUCUUUUCAGCAGGAACUCAUUUCUCUGUCGAAGGAGCUAGAGAUUCGGACCAUUGAGAGGGAUUUAAGCACUCGAGCAGCAGAAACUGCUAGCAAGCUGCAGUUAGAGAAUAUAAAGAAAGUUGCUAAGCUUGAAGCUGAGUGUCGAAGGCUGCAAUCAUUGGCUCGCAAAUCACCCUCUUUCAAUGAUCAGAAGUCCAUUAUGGCUUCUUCUUUCUCUGUUGAAUCUCUCACUGAUAGUCACUCAGAUAGUGGGGAACGGCUGAGUGCUUUAGAAGUUGAUAAUCGCAAGGUGAAUUAUGUGGAGGUGGAGUUGAAUGGACAUGAAAAGAGUGGCUCCUAUUCAUGGGCCUCGGCCUUAAUAGCAGAGCUUGAUCAAUUUAAGAACGAAAAGUCCAUGCCUAAAAGUCUUGCCGCCUGUUCUGUUGAAAUUGAUAUGAUGGAUGAUUUUCUGGAGAUGGAGCGCCUUGCCGCAUUACCAGAAAUAAAGAAUGGCACUUCAAGUGUUGAUACUGCCAGAGAAUCCACUUCGACUGAGAAAUCAUUGAGUGAUGAGCUUGAAAGAAUGACUUGCCGGGUAGCUCAACUAGAGGAAGAGUUAGAGACGAUAAAAACAGAGAAAUCGAAAUUGGAGAAUGCUUUAGAUGAGACUCGAGAUUCACUCAAUAAAUCUGAAGCUCAACUGGCAGCAUCUGAAUUGAAAAUUGAAGAGUUACAAAGGGGGCUGGGUAUUGUUAAUGAAGCAAAGGAGUUGCUUGAAUUUCAAUUAAUUGGUAUGGAAGUCGAAGCACGGACCAUGUCAGCGACUAUCGAUUCCCUAAAAGCAGAAAUGGAAAUUGAACGAAAUUCGUCAACGGAAAUGAAACUGAAGUAUCAGGAAUUGGAGAAUGAACUAAAUAGAAAAAACCAUGAGACAGAGAUUCAGCAUAAUACAGCCCCCAAUGGUGAAUUGAAACUAAAGCAGGAGGACCUAGCUGUAGCUGCUGAUAAGCUCGCAGAAUGCCAGAAAACAAUUGCUUCUCUCGGAAGACAGCUUCAAUCUUUGGCAACAUUGGAAGACUUCUUGAUAGACACUGCAAACCUACCCGGAUUUUCUAGAGGACCACUGAGUUCUGGUACCAAUGGAUAUUUAUGGAGGACGCACUCCAACGACACGUUUGUUCCAAAAUGUGAUUCAGAUCCUGUAAAAACAUUGUGAGAGAAUUCUACUCCUUUGAUCAAUGGGAACUAUGAGGAAUCACCAGCAUCUCCACCGGGUAAUCUCACUAGUGGCGGGAAGGCUAGAAAUGGUUUUGUUAAAUUUCUCUCGAACGAGGAGUGGGAUUGACCCCGAGAAUCAUCAUGGAUAGCGAGAGCAGAGUACUUUUCUCUAUGUAGGACACAAAAAUUGGUUUUAGAGAUGCCUAUUAAAUUCUGUUUGAUUGGUAUUUGUAUUUCUUAAAUGGAUGUUGUUGUCUUGAAAUAUUGUAAUCCCAACAGCUUCUUUUCGAAAAUGUAUGUCAAAAUUAGUUGGGACAUGCACUUAUACAUGGGAAGUUUGUACUGAUCAAGACAUGGUACUUCGUUGUAAAAAAGAUCCAAAAGCCAUCAAAACCUAUCUUAUUUUCA